AUGCAGCAGCGCCCAAGCUGCGCGGGCACGGUGACCUGGCGGCGAUGGCAGUCCGGCCCCUCACUGGACACGCUCCAACGACCAGUACAGUCAUACCUUUCCACAUCGCAUGACCCGUACUUGAACCUAUCCAUUGAGCACCACUUGCUCCAGAAAAGCCCACCGGAGUCGGCCGUCCUGUUCCUGUAUGUCAACCGGCCUAGCAUUAUCAUCGGCCGGAACCAGAACCCAUGGUUGGAGGUCAACCUUGCCCUUCUCAACGUGUCACGAGACCAGGCGGAGACCGAACCUCCAGGUCUAGGUGCAGUAGAUCUUGUACGGCGACGAAGCGGCGGUGGUACCGUCUUUCACGAUGAAGGCAACAUCAACUGGACUGUGAUAUGUCCAGCCGCCGACUUCACUCGCGAUAAACAUGCGGAAAUGGUGGUGCGAGCGCUUAGGAGCUGUGGCGUGGAGAGAGCCAGGGUCAACGCCCGCCACGACGUUGUCCUGGACCAAGGCAAACGUGGGACUCCCACGGAUCCAAACGACACCCAUAGCACACCGUAUGAGGCCACAGAUUUUGAUACACCACGGUCUUUGAAGGUAUCAGGGUCGGCAUACAAGCUGACCAGGAAUCGAGCUUUGCAUCACGGAACGUGUCUGUUGAACAGCCCGAAUCUACAUGUGAUCCCUGACUAUCUUCACUCGCCAGCGAAGCCAUACAUCACGGCGAGAGGCGUGGAGAGUGUGAGUUCACCGGUGGGCAAUAUUUUGUUGCGCAACGAAGACUUUAUCAAGUCUGUGCAAGAGCACUUCUGCCAGCAGUACAGCCACAGUCCGGAAGUGGUUGAAGUCGGAAGUGAGUGGCUGGAGGAUGCUACGGUGCUCCAAGGUCAUAAUGAGCUGAAAUCUCAGGAAUGGACCUACCUACAGACACCACAAUGGUCCAUCGACAGCAAGGAUGAAGCUAUUCCCGACGCCAAGCUGCACAUGUCAGUGAGACACGGUGCGAUUGAGACUGCAUCACUUGAAACGCGGGGCCAGGUCCAGGACAUCAGCGAGAAGCUUGUCGGUCUCAAAGUGCACGAAACUUCAGACUGGGAACAAAGGAUGAAACCCGCACUGCACGAUACUGGUUUGGAUGUUCCCCAGCAGGCAAUGCUCGGGCGAUGGCUCAACAAGAUGUUGCCCCAGUCAGGUUAAAUCACGCGUAUUGUAGGAAAAGGUCGGAACAUGUCAACAAGGCAUCGAAACCAUAUGUCAAAGGAGGUAGGAUACGAUGUUCCAGGUAGUGCACACAAUGAAUAUUCAAUUGAUAAAGAAGAACACCUCUUCAACACCAGCGCUUUGCACCAGUGAGAGGUAUAAGUAAGGUACAUAGUGAA